AAACACCGAAACAUUAAAAAAAAUCAAUAAGAGGGGCAUCUUUCGUGUUUAUUUUUCCUACGGGUUCACAUCGGAGCUAAUGUUUGACGCUAUCUUCGUGAUAAUCCAGCCGGAAAUGUCAAAGAUGUAAGGGAGGGGGGAGAAAAAAGUUUGUACACUCGGAACACUCAGACCUACCUACGCGCUAGGAAAGGGAAUAUUUAUUUAUUAUUUCAUUUUUUAAAUAUAGCUUUUGAAUGUCAUAACUUGAGAGCGGGGUAUUAAAUUGGGCUUACGUGAAAUGGUAACGUAGUGUGUUUAAGGCGACAAUUAACAGAAAAAUCCUCCCCGACUGUAACGCUAAAGAGCGAGCACUAGUUUGUCAGUGCGGCGGAGGGAUAUGCACUCCGCCUUCCCCAGCCUACUUGUCUCCGGGAUCUGGAGGACAUGGCACGGAGGAGACGGAGGGAAAAAGCGGUGGAAAAGGACAGAAAAGCGACAGAAAAGCUUAAUAAAGUAGCCGCCUAAACGUUCGCAAAGCGGGUCCUGACUAUGGCGUGUGCGCGUUGUUGAAAAGAAAGGGUGGCAGAACUAAACUCUGACUGUGCACUAGCUGAAGAAGUCAACCUGGAGAGGAGCUAGGAGGCUGUUGGGGGAAAUGAUCACUUCCUUAUAAGACGUGUGUCAAACUUGCACCGGUGAGACCUGCUGCAGCGUGUCAGUUUAACACAGGUCCUGAUCUUUCAAUCCUGCAGUCUGCACCCCCUCCCUCCCUCCAUCAGUGCUGGUGACCCAACUCCGGACAGCUUGCUGCAGGGCCCUUCCUGAGCAGCAGCAGCUGCGUCCUGCUUGCUGACUCCCGUCCCUCCCCUGCUUCCUGUCCUUGGUCAGACAAGGCUAAAGCCUCCUCUCCCCUCACCCCACCCCUCAUCUCUGUCGGCCCUCUCGUACUAACGAACAUUCGCGCGCUCGAACAGCUUCUUUUUUUAGUGAUCACACACUUGCAGACUGUUAUAGGCCACUAAGGCUUGACAGAGAUCAUCAUCAUCAGCAGGAGGUUUGUAAAACCCCCUUCGGACAGAACUGGAGUGACCGAACGCCACAGAGUUCCUACUUCUUGACCUACACUACAACCUGCAGGAUGACCUCCAUGUCUAGUCUCUUCUCCUUCACGAGCCCGGCGGUCAAGCGGCUGCUCGGCUGGAAGCAGGGAGACGAGGAGGAGAAAUGGGCCGAGAAGGCGGUGGAUGCGCUCGUGAAGAAGCUGAAGAAGAAGAAAGGCGCCAUGGAGGACCUGGAGAAAGCCCUGAGCUGCCCCGGGCAGCCCAGCAAGUGUGUCACCAUUCCAAGAUCGCUAGACGGCCGGCUGCAGGUUUCCCACAGGAAGGGUCUCCCUCAUGUCAUCUACUGCCGAGUGUGGCGCUGGCCGGACCUCCAGUCCCACCAUGAGCUCAAGCCCCUGGAGGUGUGCGAGUACCCGUUCGGCUCCAAACAGAAGGAGGUCUGCAUCAACCCAUAUCACUACAAGCGGGUGGAGAGUCCUGUGCUCCCUCCUGUCCUGGUACCGCGGCACAGCGAGUUCAAUCCACAGCACAGCUUGCUGGUGCAAUUUCGCAACCUCACCCACAACGAGCCGCACAUGCCCCUGAACGCCACCUUUCCCGAGUCCUUCCAGCAGCCGCACAGUGGAGGCGGCAGCAGCAGUGGAGGCGGCGGCGGAGGCGGCGGCGGUUCUUUUCCCAUUUCUCCCAACUCUCCGUAUCCUCCCUCUCCAGCCAGCAGCGGUACUUAUCCGAACUCUCCUGCCAGCUCGGGGCCCUCCAGUCCAUUCCAGCUCCCAGCUGACACCCCACCCCCGGCCUACAUGCCCCCCGAUGAGCAGCUGGGCCAGGAGAGCCAGUCCAUGGAAACGAGCAGCAGCCUGGUGCAGCAGAACAUGGCCAGAGGAGAUGUACAACCAGUGGAGUAUGAGGAGCCGAGCCACUGGUGCUCUAUCGUCUACUAUGAACUUAACAACCGUGUAGGAGAGGCCUACCAUGCUGCAUCAACCAGUGUGCUCGUGGACGGCUUCACCGAUCCUUCAAACAACAAAAACCGCUUCUGCCUCGGAUUGUUGUCCAACGUCAACCGCAACUCCACCAUCGAGAACACCCGCAGACACAUUGGCAAAGGAGUGCACCUGUACUAUGUGGGAGGGGAGGUGUACGCGGAGUGCCUCAGCGACACCAGCAUUUUUGUCCAGAGUCGUAACUGUAACUACCACCACGGCUUCCACCCCACCACCGUUUGCAAGAUCCCCAGCGGGUGUAGCCUCAAGAUCUUCAACAACCAGGAGUUUGCUCGGCUCCUGACCCAAUCUGUCAACCACGGCUUCGAGGCCGUCUACGAGCUCACCAAGAUGUGCACCAUUAGGAUGAGUUUUGUCAAGGGCUGGGGAGCUGAGUAUCACAGACAAGAUGUCACCAGCACCCCCUGCUGGAUCGAGGUGCACCUGCACGGGCCCCUCCAGUGGCUGGAUAAGGUGCUGACACAAAUGGGUUCGCCUCUCAAUCCAAUCUCCUCUGUGUCCUAAUAAUGGACAAGUUGGGGGGCUUGGUGGAGCCUUUUUACUUUUUUUUUUUUUGUUUGUUUGUUUGUUUUUUUUGUUUUUUACCUUUUUAUUUCUCCCCUUCAGUGAUUUAUAAUUUAAAGCAGUCUUAACGGCUGAACUGUUUACACUUACUUUGGGAAGGGAUAUUGAGCUCUGGCUAGAAGUUCAACAGCAUUCGCAGUCAGAAAACCUGAUGUUGAAACAGCGCGACAUUGGAAGAAAACACCUGGAGGCGGAGAAGGAUGAGCGAUGCCCAAGUAGCAGUAACAACAGGGACACACUACUGCUGGACAAGGCUACUAAUAUUUGCAAGAACUGAGGGGCUCCGUUGUCAAGCUGGAAUCGUUCAAAUGGUUAAUUUUUACGUCACGUUUUAUUGUUUUCGACAAAUGAUUUUAUUUCUCUAUGUGUACCUUUUUAAUGGAGCAUAACUGUUUCACUACUCUGCCUUAUGUCCAACAGACAAUUUGAAUUUUACAGAACACUUCUCUUGCAUUGUUGUCCUCAAUGUCAGAUAUUUACAAUUUAAAAAAUAUAGACACAGUUAUGUUUACCAUUAGACUCUGAUAUAACAAACGCUUUUGUUUUUAUAGUCUUUACUGCUAGAAAUGAACACUGAGCUACUGCCUUUUUAAAGAAAGUUGCGUAUGCCUGCCUGAUAGUCUUUGAUAUGGGAGAUCAAUCACUGAACAAGUUUAACUUGCCAUAAGCUAACAACAUUGUGAAUGUUACAUCUAUUGCAAUAGAAGUAGUCAUUUAUGAUAUAAUCAGACUAUGGACACCAUCAUUAUUGAUUCUUGUUUGUACUCUUGAGUUCAAAGUAAUAGUGACUGUAUUUUCCAUACUUACCGUAUUAACAAUAUCAUACACUCAUGGAUUAUAUGGAGGCAUAUUAAAUUUUGGCGUGGGUACCAAGGCAUUAUGUUGAUAGAUAAUUGACUUAUUAGCUCAAUGAAAUAAACAGGUUAUUUGGUAACAAGGA